GGGAGCUCGAACUGCGGUAAGGGAAUACGCAACCCCCCCCAAGAGAACCCGCACCGUUGAAGGAAAAAGCUAAGGAGAGAAAAGGUAAGAAAGGUACCGUUGUUGAGAGGUAUCUAAGUCGCCAGCCUGCCGCAACGCAACGCAACGCAACGCACCCUCUCACUUACACCCUCUUUCUUCCCUUCCCUUCCUUUGACUUUGCUCCGAGUCCUCCCACUUCCCUCGCCUACCUACCUUACCUACCUUUUCACUCUUUCUUUUCGCAUCUACAACCUCUGGUCAAUACUUUAUUUUCGAAAGUGCUUUUGGCCUGUUGAUCAGAGGUUGCUCGAAAUGCCUGUGCCAAUCGCCGCCAAAGCCGGCAUUAUUGCUGUGUCUGUUGCCGUUGCAGCUGCUAUUGCCAUCUACGAGUCGCCAGAACUUCAGCGAUAUGCCAACGAUGUCCGGAGACGCAUCGCCAUGGCCUUACAUUCUUUGGGCGAGGGUUUCGAGCCCAACGACCGCCCGCCCAUGUUCAACCGACCCGAGGACGCCCAGGGUUUCCUAGAGUCCCGUGGAGGGACUGAAGCCGGAGUCGACGCCGAUGACGAGACCCGCCGCCGCCAGCGCGAGGAGAUUCUCUACUGGAAUGCCGUGGCCUUGGCUAAGAAGGAGAAGGAGAGAAUCGAAGCCCAAGAAUCCGGAUCGCGGGAGCUGCCACCGCCAGGCCCAGCGCGGGGCAGAUCUUUCGACGACUUUUUGCACGAGGACAAGAGUGGCGAGAAGGGAUCUUUCGUUUACAACACGGGCGCAACCACCUACAACGACGAGGGGCUUGUUCGACGCCGUCCCGAGGGUGUCCGCGGCCUCAACGCUUCACUUUACGCCAACCCUUUCGCUGACGAGCACCAGAUCGAUCAGGAAGAUUUGCCAGUCAUGGAAGAGCCAGUCAUGGAAGAGCCAGUCAUGGAAGAGCCCAGCUCCCUGUCCCCCGCCCACGACGAGGCCGUAUCAGACAUUUACAGCGCCACCACCCGCGACGCCGACGAACGCCCCCGAGACAUUGCCGCCACCAUUGCCCAAAUGCCCCCUCUCGUCGAUGUCUCUGAAGCUUCUUCCCAGUCUGAAAAGUCCACGACUCUCGACCGCGAGCUAGGUGCUGACGAGUACAUGACUGCCGGCCAAGAGAACCGCGAAGAAGCCUAUGCCUCCAUCCAAGCCUGGGCACAAGGGUCCAGCCCCUCCAACUUUUACUCACCGCUUCCCAUGUCGCCUCCCGUACCCAUGUCCGAGCCCGAGCUCGUUAGCGAGGGCGAACUCACCCCCACGGACUCGGCAUCUCUCGCUGGCUCCGGCGAGGACGUCGCCAACGACGCCGUUUCGUCUAGGGCUGGCGACAACAGCCGUUACUACGACGUGCUGAGCGAGAGCGAGGGUAUGAUGACUCCCGCGAGCUGGUCCGAAGUUGGAAGCGUCGUCAGUGAGAGCGAGACUCGCAGCGAAACUGCGCAGGCCCGUGUCCACGCAUAAGCGCGGUUUCUCGUCAAAUUUUCUUUGGUAUAUCACAAUCGAUUCAGUAAGCUCGCUCAAAGCACGGCGACGGGAGAUAGCAGGGCAAGGCGCAAAAGGAUCAACAGGACUGGGAAACAGGGCACUCAUAGAUUUUGGGCGGAUAGGCACAUGAAUUGAACUCAAAAC